CUGGAUGUGACCGGGCAGUGGGCGGACCUCUCUCCGACACCCCUCCAACCUCUCCUCUCAGUCUCUCCAGUGCGCGAUGGAUCCCGGUCUGUCGGCCGCUCGGCUCUCUCUUUACGGUGUGGUCGUUAUGUGGAGCUGUGGGAGAAGUUUGCAUGGCACGAGAGCUGCGCAAAGACAACUUUAGAGAGCAAGAAUGAAAAUAAGAUGUGCCCACUACACACAUAGAUUGAGACACAGGUGCUUCCUGUUUUCUCUGUCUCUGCUGGCGGUCUGUCUGCUCAAACUGGUCUACAUUAAAGUGACGGUGAGGGACAGCGUUUACAUCGAGCCCUACGGAAUCAGCGGAAGCUUAUCCAGUACCCACAACCACAGGUAUGACAUCAACUGCACCGCCGUCUACGAGCUCGACCCCGUGGAGAUAGGCAAAGCUCUCGAGAUAAAACGGAAAGUCAUUGUCGACGUGGACGAUGAUAGCACCGUGAGUUUGACCUCGGACUGUCAAACAUUUCUCAAAAGGAGGGGUUACAAUGACGGUCCGGUGUCGGAUACGGAGCGGAGCUUCCCGUUGGCUUAUUCCCUGGUGGUGCAUAAGAAUGCGCCCAUGGUGGAGCGUAUUCUUCACGCAAUCUAUGCGCCUCACAACAUCUACUGCAUUCACUACGAUCAGAAAUCCUCUCCAGCGUUUAUAAAGGCCAUUAAAAACCUGGCUCAGUGUAAUCCGAAUGUGUUCAUUGCCUCAAAAUUGGAGUCCGUGGAGUAUGCCCACAUCAGCAGGCUUAAUGCCGACCUAAACUGCCUCUCUGACCUGCUGAGGUCGGAGGUCGAAUGGAAGUAUGUCAUCAACCUGUGUGGCCAGGACUUUCCUCUCAAGUCAAACUAUGAGCUGGUAACGGAGCUGAAGCAGCUGAACGGCAGCAACAUGCUAGAGUCCAGCCGACCCAGUGAACUCAAGAAACAGCGCUUCAGCUUCAAGCACGAGCUGAAAAAUGUGCCUUAUGAGUACCGUCGUAUUCCCGUCAAAACCACAGUGUUCAAAGGUGUUCCUCCUCACGGUAUCGAGAUGUUCAUCGGGAGUGCGUAUUUUGUCCUGUCACGGGAUUUUGUGAAUUACAUUAGCAGCUGCCAGGUGGCAAAGGACUUCCUGGCGUGGUCGGCUGACACAUACUCGCCAGAUGAACAUUUCUGGGCCACCCUGGUCAGGGUCCCUGGAGUGCCUGGACACAUUCCCAGGUCAGAGGCCGACAUUACCGAUCUGAGGAGUAAGACACGACUAGUCAAAUGGAACUAUUUAGAAGGAAAUCUUUACCCGGCCUGCACGGGUACACACAUGCGGAGUGUUUGCAUCUACGGAGCUGCUGAACUUCGCUGGCUCCUCAACUACGGCCACUGGUUCGCUAACAAAUUUGACCCCAAAGUGGACCCGAUCCUGAUUAAGUGUUUGGAGGAGAAGCUGAUGGAAAAACGUCAAUACGUGCAAACAUGAUACUGAAGGGAAGAGGAAAUGGGACGAGGGGGAGGAGAGAGUAGCUCCAGUAUUUAUUAUGCUAUUAGGUAAAGGUGCAAAAAUGACAUCAAAUACAUUUAAUCAUUGUACUGAAGCACAAUUCUGAGAUGAAGGGCACUUUACUUGAGUAUUUUCAUUUUGUUAGAUUCCACUACCUAUUCAGCCCAGCAGCCAGGAAAAAAUGUCGGCAUUGUACGUUUCUGUAAACCACGGGUACGUUGAAUGUCGAUGUUUUUGCAUUCUGUCAGAGCAAGUGAUGUCGUAUAGCGAGCGACGCGCAGAGCAAAUGACGUAUUAUGUCGAGGAACCGUUAUUGAAAGUUACGUAGAAUAAUAACGAGUAUAACAAGCGAGAAAGUCCGCUAAGGAUGGGUGGGGGGUUGUGGUGGACCGGUCCAACAAACACAAGACUUUCACCCAGGAGACCGCUAUUCGUGUGUCGUGUGAGUCAACGUUGCGCUUAUAUACUAUUUGUGUUUGUUACGUAACGUUGUUACCGCCUGUUAUGUAAUGUUACGUAAGAAAGUCGGCUAAGGGUGGUUGUUAUUUAUUUGCGCUAGUUACGGUUGCUACGUUGCGUUGGUAUUAUUAUUUAAACACAGAUCAUGAUAAUUUUUCUAACCUUAACCAAGUAGUUUUUUUGACUAAACCUAACCAAUCAUUUCACAACGUUAACCACGUGGUGUUGGCAUUUCUGUGAGCGCGAUACAAGGCUGAUAUGAAACAUACUUUUGGAAACGUGUCUGCGGUGUGCAAAAACAUAUAAUACCAACAUUUUUUCUGGUGACUGGGUUGACCAAUUUCAUUAUAAGACAUUUAACUUGUCAGUGAUUGUCAGAUUAAGAUUUCUCAAGCAAACAAAGCUAUUGUUUAGAUACUAUCCAACACUAUAUGGAGAGGUGCCGCCUGAACCUCCUGCAACAUUAAAACACUGCAUCACUAAUGCAUCAGUAAUUAAACACUGUAAAAGAGGUUGUACUUCAAAAUGAGUUAUUUUACUUUUACUUAAAAGGUACAUUUUGCUAAUAUCUCUUAACACUGAUUGCUGGACUUUUAAUGAAUUAUUUUUUCAAAGUGGUAUUGGAAGGGCAUUCAAAUUCUCUUUCCACCUCUUCUUGAUUAUUCCAUCCUGUCGCAGCACGAUACUAAACGGCCUUUCCACAUUAUCUCAUUCAUUCUAAUCAUUGUCAGUCUGUAACUUUCACUGAACCACAUAGGGCAUUAAAUCAGUACUAGAAGGAAAUGAAAAAAGUGCCUUUGUCUUAAAGAAUAAUGGGUUAAAAUGUGAUCCUAAAAACAAGUGCCACUCGAUAUCACAUCCAAAUACAGCGUCCAUGUUGUUCUUGAAUUUGAUUCCUGAAACUAUACUCUUAAUAUCGAGAGCAGAAAUACCAAAGACUCCUGUUGUUCUCAUGUAUUCUGUAAAUCAAAUGCUUUUGUUUGUUUGUCUCAGUUUUUGUCAUGAAGAUAGCAAUUGAUUUGAAAAAGUUUAGAUUGAUAUGAAAGGUUGUGAUUUCUGGUGAUUGAUGUAUUCCUGAAUAAAAGUAUGAUGC